AAUUUACACACUCAUGUGUGUACAUUUCUGUCCCGUGCACUGACCGAGAUCUGUGACAACAACAACAACAACAACAGCAACAACAACAACUGCGGCAUCCACACAGCUGCCAAAAUGGACGCCGAUGCGGAGCAACCGAAAUCGGAAAGAAAUACAGCACCGGAACACAUGCAGCAAGCAGCUUUGCCAUCAACGGGAAAUGGAACGGAAGCUAGAGUGGCGAAUGGAACGGAAAUUGGAACAGCGCCUGAAACAGUGGCCGCAGCUGAUGGGAAGGAGCCCAAUGAUAAGGAAUAUCAUCCACCAACAAGCUAUCUGGAGACAAUUGUGCAUUUGUUUAAGGGGAACAUUGGACCUGGCCUCUUUGCCAUGGGCGAUGCCUUUAAGAAUGGCGGUCUGAUUGUCGCUCCAGUGUUGACCAUUGCGAUAGCAGUGGUUAGCAUACAUUGUCAGCAUGUCCUCAUUGCCUGCUCCAAGAAGAUGAGAGAUGUGAGAGGCGAUGCUAUUUGCUCGGACUAUGCCGCAACCGUGGAGCAGUGUUUCGAGUAUGGACCCGUCAAGCUGCGAAAUUGGUCGCGGACCAUGGGUCGCCUUGUCGAUAUCUUCAUCUGUGUCACCCAACUGGGCUUCUGUUGCAUCUACUUUGUGUUCAUCAGCACCAAUUUGCGGCAGAUAUUGCGGGCCUACGACAUCAACAUAGAUGUGCAUCUGGUUAUGGUAAUGGCAUUUUUGCCUGUGCUCCUCUCCUCGCUUAUUACGAAUCUGAAGUGGUUGACGCCCGUCUCCUUCAUCGCCAACAUUUGCAUGAUUCUCGGCUUGGCCAUCACGCUUUACUAUGCGCUCCGCGACGGAUUACCAGAUGUUCGGGAACGCGCCCUUUACACAAAUGGAUCUCAGCUGGCUCUGUUCUUUGGUACAGCGAUCUUCGCCUUUGAGGGCAUUGCCUUGGUUCUGCCGCUGAAGAACGCUAUGCGGAAACCGCGUCAAUUCGAAAAAACCUUUGGUGUCCUUAAUGUGGGCAUGUUUCUGGUCACCAUUAUGUUCAUGUUCGCCGGCUCUGUGGGCUAUAUGAAGUGGGGCGAGGAUGUUGGUGGCAGCCUAACACUUAAUCUGGGUGAUACCAUCCUAGCGCAGUCGGUUAAACUUAUGGUGUCCAUGGGUGUUCUACUGGGCUAUCCGCUGCAAUUCUUCGUAGCCAUUCAAAUAAUGUGGCCCAGUGCGAAGCAGUUCUGUCGUCUUGAAGGGCGCUCUCUAAGCGGGGAGCUGGGUUUUCGUACGCUUCUCGUCAUUUUAACGUUGGCCAUAGCCGAGCUCGUGCCAGCACUUGGACUCUUCAUCUCAUUGAUCGGCGCUCUGUGCUCCACGGCUCUGGCGCUUGUUUUUCCGCCCGUUAUUGAGCUGAUCGCACGAAGCGAACCGAAUAAGGGACCCGGAGUUUGGCUCUUUGCCAAGAACCUGGUCAUAUUGUUGCUGGCACUACUGGGCUUCUUCACCGGCUCCUAUGAAAGCCUGAGGCAAAUCUUCAAGCACUUCGGAGAGGAGGAACUACACUGAUUGGCAUUGAAUAUGCGGGAAGUUGGUGCUCGAAUAGCAAACAGCAAAUAAAUCUGCAUAAUUAAUUUAAGUGUUUAUUUUUAUACAAUUAAACUAGCCUCUAAGCCACAAUUCAUCAGAUUGCAAAUCAUCAUCUUCAAUAUUAUAUUGUUUCCUUAUUAAUCCAAAAAAAAAAAAAAGAAAAAACGAACAAACCUUAAAGCAAA